AUGUCCAACGUGAAUAUUGAUUGCGUGAUUUGUAGCGAAAUUGUGAACAACAAUAGGGAAUGUAAAAGUUGUGGCGCUUUGUAUUGUUAUACUUGUAUUAAACAGUGGGUAGAUCGUUCGGGAUCAUGUCCACAUUGUAGGAAGACUCCUCUCAUGCUCCGAGAUCAUCAUGAUGAUUCAUCCUUUCUUCAUAACCGAUUUGUAGAAAAAUUAGCUGAUGAUUCCGAAGUUGAGUGUCCAAAUAUGUGUUCUCAAGGAAAAGUAAAGAGAUCUAAUUUAAAAGAUCAUGUCGAGAAGUUUUGUGAGAAUAUUAUCAAGCCUUGUACGAUGAAAAAAUAUGGGUGUAAAUUUGAAGGAAAUUUCAACCAGUUACAAAAUCAUGGGUACGAAUGUGUGUAUUUAAAGUUGGAAGAUGUUUUUCAAUCUUAUGAAAACACUAUUGAGAACUUGAAGCAAAAGUGUGCAAAUGCUCAACAAGGAGAAGAGUUCAAAAUGAAAAUAUCAACAUUGGAGCAAACAAAUGAAAUGUUGCGAUUGGAGAAUGACGAAUUGAAAGAAAAAGUCAGAAAAUUACAGAAACAGCAACAGCAACAUUCUUCGGCACCACAACAAAGUUCUUCUCAAAACAAUGUCAAUAACAGUUCUUAUCAACAAGCUCAAUCUAAUGAUCAGCGACAACACAACAGUGGCAACAAUUAUCACAAUAAUCAACAACAUGGCAAUACUUACAAUUAUCAUCAACACCAGAACCAACCACACCAACAACAGUUUGUAUUUCAACAACAACCACAAUAUCACUCAUCUUCCCAAACUUAUUCAACAACUUUUUCCCAACAACCUCCAAAUAAUCCAAAUUAUUCGCAUCCAAGUUCAAAUAAUUCAAGUAGGUCUAAUACGCACGAUAAUGAUCAUUAUCACAAAUCAACUAACAAGCAGAACGCCAGACGGUCCAGUAAUAAGGAUAACUGUAAGCAACAAUGA